UCAUGCUGCUGCCAGGUCCAGAGUCUCUCAUGGGUCCCUGUACGGCCUCCCAUUGCUGCUGUCUCCAUCGCCACACUCUGCCAUGUGCCACUUUCAGGUCUCCUCACACUGCUGGUGUGUUGAAUUUUUUGACAUAGGGUGCUGGCAGAUUACGGGCCUCCCAUAGCUGCUGCCAGGCCCCUAAUCUGCCAUGGGUCCCUAUACCGCCUCCUCAUGCUGCUGCCAGGUCCAGAGUCUGUCAUGGGUCCCUGUACGGCCUCCCAUUGCUGCUGUCUCCAUCGCCACACUCUGCCAUGUGCCACUUUCAGGUCUCCUCACACUGCUGGUGUGUUGAAUUUUUUGAC